AUGGCCGAUACAGGAUUGCCUGCCGGUUGGGAAGUUCGUCACUCCAACUCCAAGAACCUUCCCUACUACUUCCACCCCUCUUCCAAAGAGUCCCGUUGGGAACCCCCUGCCGAUACCGAUACCGAGAAGCUCAAGGUCUACAUGGCUCAAAACCACACCCCUGCGGCCCGCAACGAUGGCGCUGGACAAUCCGAAGGCAAGAUUCGUUGCAGCCACCUGCUGGUGAAGCACCGUGAUAGCCGUCGCCCCAGCAGUUGGCGCGAGGCCGAUAUCACCCGUUCGAAGGAGGAGGCCAUCCAGAUCCUCGAGGGUUAUCAACAGCGCAUUGAUUCUGGCGAAUCUCUGGGAGACAUCGCCGUCUCCGAGUCCGAUUGCAGCAGUGCCCGCAAGAAGGGUGAUCUUGGCUUCUUUGGCCCCGGUGAAAUGCAGAAAGAGUUCGAGGACGCUGCGUUUGCACUGUCGCCUGGUCAGGUCAGCGGCAUUGUUGAGACUGCUUCGGGUGUCCACCUCAUCCAACGUGUCCAGUAA